AUGACUUCCAGAUCCCCUACCUUACGAGCGUCGUCAGAUCCUUUUGGUGCCGAUGCAGAGAAAGAAGGCGCACUCAAUAACGGGCAACAAGCGACGAGACGGUCGUCAUUCAAAGAGACGUUUCGACGGCGCAGCGAACACCAAAAUGCAGAUCCUUUCGGUGAAGAAGGCGACGAGGAUGGUGUCAAGUAUCGUACUCUGAAGUGGUGGCAAUGUAGCAUGAUCAUGAUAGCCGAGACCAUUUCCUUGGGAAUUCUGUCAUUACCUUCCGUUCUCGCGACAAUCGGCAUGGUCCCGGGCGCAAUUUUGAUAUUGAGCUUGGGGACGGUGGCCACGUAUUCUGGCUAUGUCAUCGGCCAAUUCAAGAGUGCUUAUCCAUGGGUUCACAAUAUGGCGGACGCAGGACAUGUUCUCUUUGAACCAUUAGGGCCUCGCUGGGCAAGGUUUGGUAGAGAAUUUCUCGGUGCUGCUCAAACGAUAUUCUUGGUCUUCAGCAUGGCCAGUCAUAUAUUGACCUGGACGAUUUGUUUAAGCACCUUGACCAAUGGGGCCACCUGCACAAUCGCUUGGGGCGUGGUUGGCUUGGUACUCUUUUGGUUGUUCGACGUACCAAGAACUUUGUUGAAGGUGUCAUGGCUAUCCUGUGUAAGCUUCGUCAGCAUUGUCACCGCCGUGUUGAUCACUAUGGCAGGAGUUGGAGCUCGCAAUCCGUCCCAGGGCCAUUACCAUGCGACGCAGACUGCGUCUUUCGCUACAGCAUUCCUCAGCGUGACAAACAUCGUAUUUGCCUACGCUGGUCACGUUGCGUUCUUUAGUUUCAUCUCGGAAAUGAGGAACCCAAAGGACUUCCCGAAGGCAUUGGUAUUGCUACAAGUUACGGAUACUGGAAUGUACUUCCUUGUUGCAAUGGUGGUUUACGCCUAUGGCGGAGAUGAUGUGCCAUCUCCUGCCCUCGGUGCUGCGGGCAAGACCUUGGGCAAAGUCGCCUGGGGCCUGGCCAUACCGACCAUUAUCAUUGCGGGUGUCAUCUAUGGCCACGUCGCGUCAAAGUAUAUCUAUGUUCGGCUUUUUCGAGGGACCAAACAUAUGUCGAAGAGGACGCCGCUCGCAGUGGGUAGCUGGCUUGUAAUUACACUGACACUAUGGGUGAUUGCAUGGAUCAUCGCCGAAUCGAUUCCCAACUUCAACGAUUUGCUGUCCUUGAUAUCAAGCUUGUUUGCUUCAUGGUUCACCUAUGGAAUCUCUGGGAUUUUCUGGAUCUUUUUGAACCGAGGCCAGUAUUCCAAAAAUUGGAAGAAGAUGUGUUUGACUGUGGUGAACGUGGGACUGGUAGGAAUGGGACUGGGUAUCUGUGGCAUGGGGCUGUAUGCCUCAGGGUAUUCGAUUCACAACCAAGCAAGUGGAAGCAGCUGGUCGUGCCAGAGCAAUGCUGAAUGA